AGAAAGGAGGGAGGUGUGUAUGUGUGUGUGUGUGUGUGUGUGUGUGUGUGUGUGUGUGUGUGUUUUACUGCAGCGAGCAGUAGAGAACAUGCAGCAGGAGGACAGGAGAGAAAGAGAAUGAAGGAAAGAUUUUAGAGGAAUAAAAGAAGAAGAGAGAAUAAGGAUAAAAGGAUUAUUAAUAUUGGGAUUUCAGCUAUUCACCAUCAUCAUCAUAAUCACCAUCAUCAUCAUCAUCCUUAAUUUGUCCUCCACCACUCUGUCUGUCUCUCUAUCUGUCUGUCUGUCUCUCUGAUAUGGAGGGAAGUCCUCGGAAAAUCCAGUUCACGGUUCCACUACUGGACUCUCACCUGGACCCUGAAGCUGCUGAACAGAUCCGAAGGAGACGGCCGACUCCUGCCACGCUGGUUGCAUCCAGUGACCCAUCGUCUCCAGAAAUAGAUGAAGAUCGUCUCCCACACCAGCUGUAUAAGCAGGCCUUGCUGAAUUCACCACGGCAGAGACGGAGAGGUGUGAAGGGAACUCCAACCAUGAAGGAGCUGCAGUUCCUGGUAGAACAUCACGUGUAUCAGCAGUGCUCGGCAUCGGCAGCAGACGAGUCAUCAGAGAGCUGUGUAUCGGAUGUGGGCGGAGACGAUGACACUGAAGAGCAUGAUGGGAGUUUGAACUCUAAAGAUACUGCGCAGGAGUUUGAGAAGCUGCGAUGUCAGAUGGAGGCUUUUUCCAGAGAGAGUUUAUCAGAUGCUGCAGAAAUUGAAGCCUGUUAUUCUCAGGACAAAUCUGCCUCUCAGACAACAACACAGACCACACACACAGAAACAGAUCAGAAGAAGGAAAUAAAACACUGAUGAUGAUGAUGAAGAUAAACAGAUGGAGUCAUACUACAGACAAUCUGCACACUUUAUUCACUAAAUAUUAAUGCUAAUUAAACAAACACAAUAGGAGGUUAAAAACAAGGGGGUGGGGUUACUGUGAAGGGUGGGGCUGUCACCUGGAAUCAGCCACGCCCCAUCACCCUCACUGUAAACUUCUGAUCAGAUCUGAUUUUCACUUUUCCUUCUCUCUCUUUUUCCUCCUUUCACUCAUUUUUUCUGCAUUUACGUUUUCAACACCGAACUUAUUAAUGAUUAAUAAUGAUCACAGUUCCUUUGUGCUCUGUGUGUGUGUGUGUGUGUGUGUGUGUGUGUGUGUGUGUGUGUGUGAGAUACAACAGAGUGUGUGUUUGACUGAAACUGAAACACACACCAUAAUAUAAUAAUAAAGUAGUUAAAGAAGAAACUCAUUACUGUUACAUUAUUUUGAAAAAAAAAAGAAAAGAAUGUGAUCUUCUGCUAUUCUACUAAAAUAAUGAAUUAAGGUAGAAAUGAUAAUAAACUCCUCUCCGACACUGCACAUGACUUCAUCACAUUAACAACUAUACACACUUAUUUUUACUUUAUUAUUGAACUCUGACAUCUCUGACAUCCCCAUUAACACGUAACCGUGUGUGUGUGUGUGUGUGUGUGUGUGUGUGUGUAAUGUGAUUGUACAUGGCAGUGUUAUAAAGGUGUGUAUUAAAAAUAAUAAACUCAGAAAUGUGUAGAAUUAAUUCUGCAUUACAGCUGCAGCACCACAGAUCAGCUUCUUCCUCAUCUCUCCUCCUCUUCCUCAUCUCUCCUCCUCCUCUUCCUCCUCAUCUCUCCUCCUCCUCUUCCUCCUCAUCUCUCCUCCUCCUCUUCCUCAUCUCUCCUCCUCCUCUUCCUCCUCAUCUCUCCUCCU